GAGUGUAGAGGAGUAGUCGCCAUAUUGGAUUAUCAACACGUGCAGAACUAUUUUACUAAUAUUAGCAAGCAUGGCGAGUUUUGGACAUGUUAUGGAACUUGUAGGAAAGGUUGCGAACCGAUUCAUUGUCAUAUCCGUAGGAUUUGGUAUCGGUGGACUUUUUAUUUACAAAAACGCGGCCGAGGCCUUCCCGAAUCAAGUGUGCAAACCUAUCGUUGGCCUGAAGGACGAAGAUGGCAGCCUUUUGAAAGUCCCUGAGCGAAUAAGAACACAGUUCGAUGUAGUGUUGAAUAAGCUUGGUUACACGAAUGCCAACAAGAUAAGCUUGUUCAUAAAUCAGGGUGUACAUCCGAUGUCGGUGGGUUCAACUUCCUUUCCAAACGGAGCUGUUGUAAGCUUGCCAAAAUGGUACAUUUUUGAGAAUUACAAAGACAUAGAAACGUGUGGAAUUACGUUUCAAGGAAGGGACAUCAGAUGGGAUUCUGAACUGGGUAUAAAGAUCAAAGAAUGUUUGCUGCCUAGUGAUGAAAUGAUAGCUUUUUGCAUCGCGCACGAGGUUGCUCAAACGCAGCGAUUGGAUUACAAGGCUAUCAAUGCCGUCCUUGCACCAACGUGGUUGUACUUGACAUAUAAGCUCGCCUACAUUGGCCCAAGGAUGUUGCAGCUUCACGCAGUGCUGGAUAUACUCUUUAAGCUUGUCCUUUGUCGUUUGAGCUAUCUUUGCUACAAACAAGUGCACAUGAAACUAUAUCAUGAUGUAGUUUACCAGGCUGAUGCUAUGGCUGCAAAGUGUGAGCCUAGAAUGCUUCAAGGUGGGAUAGAUGUAUUCACUAAGAAGAUAGAGUUGAACCGUAUUCGACGCAGACUGAUGGGGAGGAAAGGACACAACUGUUUUACAGAGGAAGGGAAUGACAUUGAAUCUCGCAUAUACCCUCUAUUGACAGACAGGCUUAAGCGAUUGAAGGACUUAGAAAGAGGUACUGCUCUUGUUACAGGGGUAUGAGUAGAGUUUCUUGUUGAGGUUCCAAUGCCAGCACUCUUGUCAAAUUGGGGUGUGUUAGGUUUUAUCUCUCUCCUUUGUACAGACUUUGCUGAAGAGAUUUCCUUUCAUAUCUUUGCUUCUUUCAGCAGAUAUAUGAUUAAGUCUUUCCUGAAGGGGAAGAAUUUUUUGUUGGCAAUCAUUGCUUACUUCCAAUAUUCAUAAAUAGGGGGCCCCCAUCUCCAGAACUUCAUGAGAAUUCUUACUUAUUACCUUGACUCUUCUGUGUUGAAAAUUUUACUGGUUACUAUCUGAAACGCAGAAUGCUAUACAUGCACACAUGGAAGAAAACACACCUUAAUCAUGUUUUAUUUCAUUGUUGCAAAAAUUUUGACACUACAAUAAUCACAGAUGCUAAUGAUAAAACAGUAAAGGCACAAAUAUGUGCAGAAAGCACUCUCUAUUAAUUUCUAUGACUUAGGGUUCUUUAUUGGCCCUAUGAGAUCUUUUUUCUAUUCUCAGUAGCUGUUGUGAUUGCUUUGGUUGGGGUUUUAAGUGGAGGGGGACA